CACGAGCUCGAUCCAUCCACCGCGCCUUUCAAGAUUAGGGUUUCGACGACGGAGAGAUUAAAACCGCAAUCGACGGCUAGGGUUUCUCCGUGUUCUUAUUUGUAUCUCAGAGAGAAAGAGAGAGGGAGGUAGGAGACGGAUCGCCAUGGCGAGGAUCAAGGUUCACGAACUGAGACAAAAAACGAAGGCAGAACUGCUCGCCCAAUUGAAGGAUCUGAAGGCAGAGCUCGCUCUCCUUCGCGUCGCUAAGGUCACAGGUGGUGCCCCCAACAAGCUCUCCAAGAUAAAGUUGGUUCGGUUGUCGAUAGCUCAAGUGCUAACGGUGAUAUCCCAGAAGCAGAAGGCGGCUCUGAGAGAGGCCUACAAGAACAAGAAGUAUCUUCCUCUCGAUCUCCGUCCCAAGAAGACCCGUGCCAUCCGCAGACGCCUCACCAAACACCAGGCCUCAUUGAAGACUGAGAGGGAGAAGAAGAGGGAGAUGUACUUUCCAAUGAGGAAAUAUGCUAUCAAGGUUUAGGAUUUAAUGUCUGCUAAAAGACAAGUUUUGUAUUAGUUAACUCUAUUAUGCUUUGACAUUGAGGAAUGAGGAUUGUGAAAUCUUUUCCUGUUUACUUCUCUUUCCUAGUCACGGAACUUGUUAUUGAGGACAACAAAAAAAUGAAGAUUUUGUUUUAUAUUUCUUUUA